AUGUUGAACGUGCUUCAUGAGGAAGCAGAAGAUUCUAGGAACACAUUAAUCAGUUCCAGGGCAGCAUAUCCUAGAUAUGUCCCUUUCUGGCAUAGUACUGGGUCAGAUGAGAACGAAUGUUUCUUGAUUGUGGUUACUAUUGACCUUUUGGUAGGAAACAUUCCAGAUCCUGCACAGGCUUUGGUUCUGCAUUUAAGACAUGGAGAUAUCAGCAAGUGCCAGCUUAAAUUGUGUUACCAGGUUAUGCUCAAGUCCAUGAAGUUGAUGCCCAAUGCUGGUGUCAGUUCUCAGAUGUUUGCAAGCUACUUGACUGACGCAAAAGGGAAAUGCAAGGCAGUUGACAUCGCUGACGAGGGUUGUGUGAAGAAAAUGUUUGCAGCAGACAACACUGACCAUGAGGGUGAAUCUUGUAAGGCCGACAAUGGUGUGGAGAAUGAUGAUGACCUUUAUGUCGCUUGUAAUUUGAACGAAGAUAUCAUCACAGAAGUCCUUGAUAAAAUGGCGAUAUCUGAUGUCACAUCCACAAGUCGCACAACUCAGAGUUUGCGCAAAGUGGGGAAAAGUGUCAUUCUGAGAUGCUUCAGGAGGCUGUUGGAACCAUUUGUGGGUCAAGAUUUCCACAAUUUCAAGAGAGUACUACAUCAAUCCAAAGGCCUGAUAACGGGAUCAAGUGCACGAUGCAUGCUCAUAGGAGAAUUCGAGCAGGUUAUGCGAGACUUAAACAUGGUAGUGCCAGUUGAAGGCUUCCAAAAUCUGGACGAUUUCAUAGUCAACAACAUGGGUUACAGCACAAUAUCUUAUAUCAGUCACCCUGCAAUAGCUACCAGCAUAGGCCAUUUCUGCAAAUAUAGCUGGGACACCCACAUCAUCACACUCGCCUCUCCUGUCAACAAAGACCAUGUUCUGCAUCUAAUUUUCAAUGCUCUCACUACUGCUGGCAUGAUAUACAUGACAACGGGGAGAGUGGCAAUUUGCACCCACACAAGCAAUUUGGUUGGAUGGGACCACAAACUUGGUUGUGCCGGUGAUCUGAAUGAAAAUCUGAGAGUGGAGACUGGGAUAGACUUCAUCGGAGAGGAGUGCUGGAACUGA